CUCAGGUGGGCAUAAACUCAGUGCGUACACGCGACACACUUCUUCCUCCUCCUUUAUAUCCCCUUCUCGAUUAAAGAGAAGAACAGCUAAGUCUCUCUGUAUCCGAUUUCGUCGCCAAAAUUUCGUAUCCAUGGCACCUGUGAGGGGGAUUCUUGGUUUGCAGAGAGCAGUAUCAGUUUGGAAGGGAAGUAACAGAUUGGCUCCAGCUUUGAGAUCAUUCAGCACCCAAGCGGCAUCCACUUCCACCACUCCACAACCACCUCCACCUCCUCCGCCUCCGGAGAAGACUCAUUUCGGUGGUCUCAAGGAUGAAGAUCGGAUUUUUACUAAUCUGUAUGGUCUCCACGACCCGUUUCUCAAAGGGGCGAUGAAGAGAGGUGAUUGGCAUAGGACCAAAGAUUUGGUGCUCAAGGGUACUGAUUGGAUUGUUAAUGAGAUGAAAAAGUCUGGUCUUCGUGGACGUGGUGGUGCUGGUUUCCCUUCUGGUCUUAAGUGGUCCUUUAUGCCUAAAGUCUCUGAUGGGCGUCCUUCUUACUUGGUUGUCAACGCUGAUGAGAGUGAGCCUGGGACUUGUAAAGAUAGGGAGAUCAUGCGUCAUGACCCUCACAAGUUGUUGGAAGGGUGUUUGAUUGCUGGUGUGGGGAUGAGAGCUAGUGCGGCUUAUAUUUACAUCAGGGGUGAGUAUGUGAAUGAACGUUUGAAUCUAGAGAAGGCGAGAAGAGAGGCAUAUGCAGCUGGUCUCUUGGGGAAGAACGCAUGUGGUUCUGGGUAUGACUUUGAUGUUUACAUCCACUUUGGAGCAGGUGCGUAUAUUUGUGGUGAAGAGACUGCGCUUCUUGAAAGCCUUGAAGGGAAGCAAGGGAAACCUAGGUUGAAGCCUCCGUUCCCUGCUAAUGCUGGUUUAUAUGGUUGUCCCACAACUGUUACCAAUGUGGAGACAGUGGCUGUUUCUCCUACCAUUUUAAGGCGUGGACCUGAGUGGUUUUCGAGUUUUGGUAGGAAGAAUAACUCUGGGACAAAGCUGUUUUGCAUAUCGGGCCAUGUGAACAAGCCAUGUACCGUUGAAGAGGAGAUGAGUAUCCCUCUCAAGGAACUGAUUGAGAGGCAUUGUGGAGGUGUUAGGGGUGGAUGGGACAACCUGCUUGCUAUCAUUCCUGGAGGUUCAUCUGUCCCUUUGAUUCCUAAGAACGUAUGUGAGGAUGUGCUGAUGGAUUUCGAUGCUCUCAAGGCUGUCCAAUCAGGUCUAGGAACAGCAGCGGUCAUUGUGAUGGACAAAUCAACCGAUGUCGUGGAUGCUAUUGCAAGGCUCUCUUACUUCUACAAGCAUGAAAGCUGUGGGCAGUGCACUCCUUGCAGAGAGGGAACAGGUUGGCUCUGGAUGAUCAUGGAGAGGAUGAAAGUUGGCAACGCAAAGCUGGAAGAGAUUGAUAUGCUUCAAGAGGUAACCAAGCAGAUCGAAGGACACACAAUCUGUGCAUUGGGUGAUGCAGCUGCAUGGCCCGUCCAAGGUCUGAUAAGGCACUUUAGGCCGGAGCUUGAGAGAAGGAUCAGGGAGCGCGCUGAAAGGGAGUUGCUACAGGCUGCUGCUUAAAACCCUUGUUAACGACAGGGAAUUUGCUAUUAUUCUCCAUGGAAAUAAAAUCUGAAGCAGACUCUAUAAAGUGUUUCCUUAUAUGACUAUUGAGAGCACAUUUUGGGAACAGCCAAACAAAACCUUACAAAAUGUUUGAAAUAAAGGAUGCUCCUGUUUUGGGUUUUAGAUAGUAAUGUGGUUCUUUUUUGGCUUGUUGUGUACAAAAAAAAUAUCUAGAUGGUAGUUGUCGGUAUCAUUGUGAUUAAGUCGCAACUGGUAGAGUCUUAAUCUAUGUGUGACUGACUAUUCUCAUAUAUGUUAAGCAUAAGAAAGAGGAAAAGAUAAAUGGGUACACAGACCUGUGAAUUGGACAAAUAGAGAAAGGGACCGGUCUGGUUUGGUGGAUAUUAAUGGAUAAGACGCCCAUCACCAUCUUCCCUGACUUGUUUGUCCACCUCUGGAGUUUAUUUCCAUUUUUUCAAGUUUUUACCUAACCGAUAACAUUACGAGAUCAAGAGAGGUUGUAAAAAAUCAAAUAUUUUCAUACCAACUGAACUGAAUACACUAUUUGUAAACGCUUCAAGUGUCAAUUGCUA